AUGCGGUUUGCUCGCUCCAGAAGAGUUCUCAGGCUAAAGACUGUGGACUCCUGCUUUCAAGAUUUAAAAGACAGCAGGCUGGUGGAGGAAACGUUCACUGUGGAUGAAGUGUCUGAUAUGUUGGAUGGCUUGCAGGUGGUUGUACAUGAAGAGGUGGAGUCUGAAAUUAUACACACUGCCCACACCAACGUGCUGCUCCUGCAUCAGCUCUUCUCACAAGCGGAGAAAUUGUACCUGAAACUCCAGACCGACGUCUCAGAACUGGAAAACAGGGCACUUUUAGAACAAGUUGCAGAAUUUGAAAAGGCAGAAUUUACAUCAUCAAAUAAAAAGGCAAACCAAGAAUGUAACAAACCUAAGCUUUCUCCUCUCAAUGAAGGCGGAUUGUCAGAACUGCUUAAUAAGGCAACAAGUGCAUUGGAUGAAAAAUCCAAAUUGGAAAGAGCUCUGAAAGAUUUACAGAGAAUACAAGGAGAUCAAAAGCUUGCAUUAAAAAAUAAGGAAAUCACAAAGCGGGAAGAUACAGUGGCCGCAAUAAGGUCAGAUUUCCAAAAGACACUAAAUGCCAGUACAGUGACACAAAAGAAUCUGGAGGAAAACCUUGUGGCAACGAAGCAUGAUUUCCUCAAGGUCCAGGAAAAGCUCACCGUGGCUGAAAAGGAAUUGGAAAAUAAAUUUCAGCAAACUGCAGCAUACCGCAACAUGAAAGAAUGCUGA